GAACGUCAACAGAACAACGCCACAUCUCACCAGUCAGUUGCUGCAUCGAGAUCCUUGCACUACAGAUAGCCUUCCUUUUGCUUAUCAAAAGAAUUAGAUGUCUUUCACUUCCUUUUUUUGCGAACUUGUCCAAUUUUGAUUGGCUGGUCGUCUUGUCAUUCAAAAUCACCAAUUUCAAAUUUUUCGAGUUGAGACAAAACACUAUUUUCAGUAGAUUGCCAAACCAGAAUUGCUCGAUUGGUUUUUUCCUCAAGUGAUACAAUAAAAAUGGCCAGUCUCCGUCUGCUCGCCGAAGAUGGUCCCGUUUUGGGAGAAAUUGUUGCAGAGUCAUGGGUCGAAGUAUCAGAACAACCAACCAGCCCGACUCCGGGACGUCCAACUCAUCUUCCGCAUGGCCCUGAUGAUUAUUUGAGAUUGCUCAGGGAAGCCCAACGUGAUAGCAAUCAAUCUUCUGCUCUUGUCUCUUUGGCGUCCACACGAAAAAAUUCACCGCAUAGUUCACCAAAGUCGCCUCCAAAUAGUCCCAAUACUGAACCAGCCGGAGAAGGAGAGGAAUUGAAAGGAUUCUACAUCAAUUACUGCACUAAGGAGGGCACAAGUCUUGAGAAUGACACCGACUGGGUCUGGGACUGGUCAAGUCGUCCUGAGCAGCAGGCACCUAAAGAAUGGAAGUUUGUACACCCGGAAGGUCGCAUUCCGUUGAAGAAGCCAUAUGGUUACAGUAUUCGUUUCGCUAAAGUUGGGGGCACAAGUGUUUUCUCUAGGCAAGUCUUAUAUACCAUGGUUAUCACUAACUUGGUGACGCUUCUACUCGGCACUGGCAUCGGAUUCUGGCUAAGUCGGCGCAGUAACGACGUCUUACAACUGAACUUGGACUAAAACGGAUAUUGGCAAGUCUCACCUUGGUAACGACCGGCAACCUGAAAGCGAAUGAUACAUGUACAGCUAAUGUCCGUUUAAGCAUAGAGAGGCUUGGCUGUGACGUUCUUUUUUAAAUUGCAUUCUUCCUUUUUGCUUCAUAUUCUCCAAAAUUUUGUCUUUCUGGCACUAUGCCUAAUAAUCGUAAAUUGAUUAAGGUUUCUUUCGUUUCAUUCUUUGAACAUUUGAAAAAAAGCUUCCAUUGAUUUCUGAUAUUUAAAAAAUAAGGAAGGAGAGGACAAAGCGGAAGCGAAAUUUAUCUUAAACAAAAAAGUGGGUUUUUAUAAUAUCAGGCACGUAAAACUAAGCAAUCAUUUUUUUUGCGUGUGUUGGUCAAUCGUUUCGUCCCGUAUUCACAGUUUAUGUAAACCAAUACAUUUGCGUCAUAUUCA